GAGACUGCCGAGCAGGCUGGCCCAGCCCAGCCCAGCCCAGGCCUGGCCACAAGGCAGGGAGGGGAUUUCCUCAGGCUCUCUCCUCCUGAGCCCAGUCACUUUGGGAACCAGUCUGGAAGAUUUUAGUUCAGGGAGGGACAGAGGGGUGCCUAACAGGGCGGGAGCUUGGAGCAGCUGGGAGAUCCAUUGGCCCAGGACAACUGGAAGACGGGGACCAGUCGGUGCAGCCGGGGCGGUCCCUGCCUCGGCUUCCCGAGGUGGAGGGAGAACCCAGCACUAUGGCUGCUACUCCUGAUUUGGAGAUGGAGAGUGUGACUCUGAAUAUGGACAGAGAAAGGAAAGAAGAGCUGGAGGAAGAGAAAAUGAGAGAGGGUCUGAGAAGUAAAGAUCUCCCCAAGAGCAGAAAGGUCCACAGGAUUGUUUCCAAGUGGAUGCUUCCUGAGCAUGCCCGAAGAACAUACCUGGAGAGGGCCAACUGCCUCCCACCCCCACUGUUCAUCAUCUCCAUCAGCCUGGCCGAGCUGGCAGUGUUUAUUUACUAUGCAGUGUGGAAGCCUCAGAAACAGUGGAUCACCUUGGACACUGGCAUCCUGGAAAGUCCCUUUACCUACCGGCCUGAGAAGAGGGAGGAAGCCUGGAGGUUUAUCUCCUACAUGUUGGUACAUGCUGGAGUGCAGCACAUCGUGGGGAAUCUUUUCAUGCAGCUCGUGUUGGGGAUCCCCUUGGAAAUGGUCCACAAAGGUCUCCGGGUGGGGCUGGUGUACCUGGCUGGAGUGCUUGCAGGUUCCCUUGCCAGCUCCAUUUUUGAUCCCCUUAAAUCUCUUGUGGGUGCUUCAGGAGGAGUCUAUGCCCUGAUGGGGGGCUAUUUCAUGAAUGUUCUAGUGAAUUUUCGAGAAAUGAUUCCUGCCUUUGGGAUUGUCAGACUUAUCAUCAUCAUCCUUAUAAUUGUGUCGGAUGUGGGAUUUGCUCUCUACAGAAGAUUCUUUGUCCCUGCAAAUGGGUCUCCGGUGUCCUUUGCAGCUCACUUUGCAGGAGGAUUGGCUGGAAUGUCCAUAGGUUAUACUGUGUUUAGUUGCUUUGAUCAGGCACUGCUGAAAGAUCCCAGAUUUUGGAUAGCAAUUGCUGCUUAUUUAGUUUGUGUCUUAUUUGCUGUGCUUUUCAAUAUUUUCCUAUCUCCAGCAAAUUGAUCUGACUCUAGUAUGAAUCAGAUGGGGGGAUUUGGGGAGGAAAAUGAGAAACUCUGUGAUGAAACAGAGAUGUCCCAGCAAACACUAAGGUUUUAUAAAUAUAACAAUACAGUACUCAUCAGCCUAAGGGCUGUUUACAGAAAGACCUUGGGAAUUGAGAAAGGGGCUUCUGAAUGUGAGGGAAGGUCAUUCCUGGCAUAUAGUAUGUGUGCUUGUAUCCUAUCAAAGACUUGUUCUCCUUGGAGGGUAUAUAUUGGAGGUUACUUGAUAGAAUUCCAUGGAUACUGUACUAUGCUGAUAAUAAAACCCUUUUAAUAUCUG